AUGAGCUUCCGGACCAUGGAUGGAGAGGAACGGCAGUCGCUCAUCCCACGCCCCGGAUCCUUUGCCGCCACCGGCGGCGGCGGUGGCGGCGAUUCGGUCGACCAUCACGCCCAGUUCUGCGAGCUAGUGGGUGUGCGGCCGCUCAACUACCCGCUCGGGGAGUCGCACCGUGCGCACCCUCAGUCACUCUACGUCCGGGCCGUCGAUCGUCGCUGGGGCCAGAACCUGACGUACAUGUUCACCGCGACGCUCGUCAACACGCUGUUGUUGACGCAGGUGGUGCUGGGCGCGGCGCUGACGGGCCUCGGCGCGAGCAACAGUAGCCGCGUGCUCAUCACCAUCUUUGGCGCCCUCAACACCGUCAUCGCGGGCGUCGUCGCCUUUCUCAAGUCACGCGGGCAGCCCAUGCGCGCCCGCAUGUUUCGCGACGAUCUCUCACGCGUCGUCGACGAGAUUGAAAACUCGGCCGUCAUGUGGUACGGCAUCAGCAACGGCGUCCACGGCUACGGCGCCAUCGACACCGAUGACCAGGUCACCGUCCGCGGCGAGGUCGCGCGGCUCACCCGCCUCUACGACAAGGCCGUCAAGAACAACACCUUGAACGACCCGGACAUGUACAGCGCCAACGGCCCCGGCGAUUCCUUCAGCGCGGGGCUGCGGAAGGCUGGCGGUGCUCCCGCCGUGCCCGGACCGGCCAUGAACGCGGCCGUCGCACCACCUGGCUUCUCAGCUGGCGCGGUCCCGCCGCCCGCGCCACCGGCCGACCCGGAUGCGAGCCCUGCCUGCAAGGGCCCGGAUCCAGCCAAGGCCAAAUCGAACACUAGCAAAGACAAUGACUCCGAUGCUCCUAAAAAGGCCGACCCUGCUCCGGCUGCUACUCCGGCUGCUACACCCGCCCCUGAAGAAGCCGGACCGGCUACCGAAGCCAGGUCAGACGAUGCCAAGCCUGCUGAUGCUCCCGGUGCUCCCGCUACGACGCUAGCUGCCGAGACAGCCAAGCCCGCUGCUGCUGCUUCUGCUGUCGCUGCUUCUUCUCCUCCUCCUCCUCUGACGUCUUUGCCAAGCUACGUGUCGAAAGAUCCCGACGAGAGCCCCGCCAGCUCUGCCUCUCCUCCCAAGCGUGAAGCAUCCGCCAAGCGCGAUGCAUCGACCAAGAGAGAAGCAUCUAAAAAGCCACUUGACGAUGGCAGCAACGUGUGA